CGUUCUCAAAGUCGACCGCAUGGUUUUCUCAUCGUGAUUGCGCGUAGUUUAGAUUGAUCCCAAAUUUUCCGGAAAAAUUGAUGUGAAACGGUGAAAAAGUUGAUUAAAAGUGCGUUCUACUGUAGCAUGACCACCACGGCCAUGAAGCGGAAAUCGAUUUCGGGCGGAGAAUGUCCGUUCGGUGCGAAAAAAGUGAAAACUGAAAAGGCUCCCAACGGUGUGGCGGAGCCCCGAGAGAAGAAGAACAAGAAGGAGAAGAAAACACUGCCGGAGCAAAAUGGAACGGUCGAAAAACAGAAGGUGGGCGGCAAGAAGACGAACGAUAAGCGCGAUGUUGCGAAUGAGGCGGAAAAUGGAUCGAAGGUCAAUGAUUUCGAUGGGGUGCCGGUGGGCAAAGUGGCGGAAAACUUCCGACAGAAGUUGAGUAAGGGAUCCGUGGCUGUUGAUGCUAUCCGUCAUUUCACACAAGCCAUCCAGGAGAAUCAGUCUCUCGCUGUCGAUUUCAUUCGAGCAGGUGGUACGUUCAAGCCAUUGCUUAAAAUUCUGGACUCGAUGGACAAGGAGAAACUGGCCGAUAUAGCAAAGCUCCUUGAGCUGAUACAUUACAUUUUAAUCGAAAGCGUAAACUUCGACGAAGUCCAUGCAGAUUAUGCAAACAAAUGUGCGAGAAAGAUUUUCACCGAUUACAAAUCCGUGGUGAUGUCCUUACUGAAGGGCCAGCAGGACGAACAGCUAGUUAUGGCAGGUUUCCGUAUUCUGAAAGCUAUAAUGCUGGUGGAUCAAUCCCAUGGAAGAGAUAUUCUGCUGCUGCUGGAUGUUUGCCUGCCAGAGAUGGAAGUGGCUAAGUACAGAGAAACAUCGUCCUCGGACAAUCAGGAAUCGUUGCGAGGAGUUUUUGUCGAUUUCAAUUUGGCAUUUUUGAUUGACACGAGAUCGGAACUUGUUCGUUUGUGGCUGAGUCGCUAUCAAUUGGUCAGUCCAUUAGUAAGCAAUUUGGUUUACGACCGGGCGGAGAAUGUUGUUUUAGUUAUGAAGACCUUCCAGCAGUAUAUUCUGGAAUCGCGUGAUAUCGAUAAAUACGUUUACCGAACAACCUUCAGCACAGAUGUCCUCAAAGCUUUGGUCAACGUCUACGAAUGGGUUGGUCCGACCAAACAGGAAAUUAGCGUUCAGAUGAAAAAUACAGUACUAAACGCUGCAGAGAAAGUAAUCCUUCCACUACUCACUUCCAAGAAGCACCAUCUGGUUCCGAAAGUGGUUGACCUUGGUCGAGGAAACUCGCGUCACAAACACAUUCUUCUGGCGCUUAAAAACUCGCAGCUGCACAAACAUCAGCGCAAACUAGUGCUGAAAAUGUUUGAAGCGUGUCCAGAAGUGCUGCCAGCGGUUUUAGAAAAUUUCGGAACACUACUCAAGAAAAAGAACCCUGAAAUGCGAGAAUUCCUUCUGGAAAUUCUGCGACAACCGGUCCCGGAGGAAAUUACUAAAAACUUCACUUUAGCAAAUGCAAAGCAAGUGUCGAACUAUGUGACCAAAUCCACCCUACCAAGAACUGUGCUGGAGUUUGUGACCACGUCCAUCAACAAGAAAUUCUGCACCGGCUUCUGUCUGGAAUUUCUGUCAGUAAUGUUGAGCCAAUGCGAGAAAUAUUUGCAGGAGAUUCCCAAACUGAAAAAUCUUGACCAAUUCGACCUCAAAAAAGUGAAAUUUGAUGUUAUCAAUCAAAUCAUAGCAUUGUUCCCCACGAUUGAUGCCAUAAUGGCUGCAAUGAUGUAUCACCGUUCUGAUAGAACCGUGGAAAAACCAUACAUAGCGAUGGAACACGCCAUGGACAUUCUGUUGGCCUGCAUCCGUACCUUCCCGUCGUACAUUGAGUCGUCUUCCUUCAUAACCACCUAUCGCAACAUUCUCGAUCCCGUCUAUCGUCAUCGUGUGAUCGAAUUUGAAUAUCUCUCGUACGAGUUCAAAGCCAUCCAGGUCAUCAUCGCUCUCGAACCGCAGUCAAUCGCCUUCAAUUCGGAACUGUUCCCAUCGGUGCUGAAACUGCUGACCAAGGUCUACCUCAACGGAACCCCGGAAAUGCAACGACAAGCUACCACCCAGCUACUGGCGCUUUUCCAGAACACCACCUUGUUUGGAAAUAACCCAACCGAAAUUGAGAUUUGGUUCCAAUCGUUACUCUACGUUGAUCCUCUCAUCGUUCCUGAACUGGUAUCCUUCCUGGCAUUUUCGUGUCGUCAGGCAGCCGAACGUCAAUCACGACCAAUCGAGAAGGAUCACUCUGUGAUCAACGAAGCGUUCGAAAAGGUCCGCCAGUCGGACCUGGAAGGAAUUUUCGAACGAGUGGAGGUGGAAGCAGCCGGACAACUGGAGCAAGAAGAAACUGUCGAACUGCCGGUGGCGGACAAUUUCCUAAUUUACAUGUUCAACCCAAGUACCAUUAAACCGCCGCAGUUUCAUGCGUACCUUGAAGCGGUGGCGUUGCGAUAUUUCCACUUUCUACCACAUCCGGAGAUUGUGGAAAACUGUACCAAGAACAUGAUGAGCGAACUGACGAAGUACUUCAGGAAUUGGAUUGUGAAGGGCAAGAUAGCGUCAUUGGAUACGUUUGAGGAAACGAGUUCGCUAGGCCGAUUGAGUAACUUAUUGCUGCUGCGAAAGAAAAACUUGGACGAAGUUCUGCCAGAAGGUCCUCGUCAUCGCUGUGAAUUGGUUUAUUUAAUCCACGAAACCAUCUUCUAUGCAACACGACUGAUCGAACUCGACCAAUUCAACUCGAGCUACGCCAGUGUGUUCGCAUUCUACCUCAACGGUUUCCUCGAUAAACUCAUUGCCGAAGAAGCAGACCUUGCUCUCAAAGACCAAAAGCUUGGCGGUGUCCUCGAAAACAUUUUCUGCCAUCGUCCCGUCCUAUACCAGCACUUCACGAUAGCCAGCCAGAGAUCCGAAACAUCCACGGUUGUAACGAACUUCAUUUACGAUCUCAUGAAGAGACUACAGUCGGCUGCUAACUUUUCCCACUACACGAUGCUCUAUUCAAACAAGAUCGUGAACGAAAUCAUAUUGUCGUCAACCCCUAAGAUCACUUUUGAACUGGAUGCCACACUUGUGGAGAGAUUGCUGGAAAUUUUUGAACUGAAUGAGAAGCAUUGCGUUACUUUGUUGAAACAUUAUUCGCAUCUGUCGCACAGGAAGUUCAUCAACGACAAAAAUGAGAAAACUUACCAUUACCAUUUACUUACGAUCGGUUUGCAGAAGUUGGCCAGCAAUCGAGAUCACUUCCUUGAAAGAGAGACGAUUUCCGCCAUAUCAAAAAUCUACGUGGACUUCAUACGAGAGAAUGGAAACGAAUUGAAUUUGGAAAGCUUCGAAGUUGCUUUGCAGAAUUACCUGGACACGUUUAGUCACAGCAUUGGUCAUUUGGAGGUGGAUCUAUUUCGAUGCUUUUUCGAGAGCAAACGGAUUGGGAAACCGAUGGUUAAGCUGGCAGCUUUUCUUCUGGGCAGGGAUAUCCGUCUCUAUAGAGUCUUCCUAGACUUGGUACAGGAAAACGUUUCGAAGAAGGAACUGAUAUAUCCACUGACGAAUGUCGCUUUCGCGAAGGGAGUCUUUGCAGAGAACUCAGAGAAGAACAAAAAGAUUUUGAACGUGAUCUACAACGAAUUCAAAAGUGGCAUAAGCAAAACGAUCGAGAAACCGGGAAAGGCUGCUGUAAUCUACAAAGAGAACACCGUUGCCAAUCAUCAAUUGAUCAAAAAUUGCAUGCCCAGCAACGAAUGUGUGGAUUUUGCAAAGAAGAAGCUCAAGAUUGACUCUAUGGAACUGUAUCAACUGAAGCUAAUGAUGGAAAUCUACCGUAAAGCAUUCAAGAGCACUAAAAAAGACGAGAUGAAGAUUGUUUACGUCAACGUGUUCAACGUUCUGUUCCAAUUUUACAACAUCAUAUUGAAGGUUGAAGAUCUGCUGAAGGAAAUUGACAAGCUGAAUGGUUUGGUGUUGGAAACGUUUUCAUGGAUACAGAUGGGCAGAACAUGCAAACAUUUGACGAAUUUGGAAUUCAAAGACAUCACGGCUACUGCCAAUUGGACAAAUUUCUGCAAAUUCGCUCUAAAGUUGGGUAUCGACAUUCAAAAGUCACCAGAUAACCCCAAUCGACAAGAUGAGCGUCUGCAUGUCCUGCUUAAAAUUACUGCCGUAUUAGUGGAUCUAUUCUACAAAGACAACAGCCAACCAGCGGAUGUGGCCACAUUUUUCGAAUUAGCCUUAUCCCACUCUCGAUUCUUGGACGUUCUGUUGAUUCCUUUCCAGUUUAAAAUUAAGACAUCAUUAGUUCAUCUCCUACUUAUACUUGCACGAAAAAAUCCCUCCGUCAUGGAUAAAAAGCAUGUUCCACUUUUGCUGGGUGCUUACGGAGCGACCCUCACCGAUGGCAAUCGCUAUGUUCUGGCUCUGCUACAAUGGUACGAAAGAUCAGGCAUUCACAUGCACGAGUAUCGUCCUUAUCUGUGGGGAGAUGCAGCUAUCAAACACUUUUCCCUGGGACAGGACGUCGCCGAACAACAAACGCUGUUCCGAAUUAACAACUUCGAGGUGUUCCGACUGUUCAACAAAGAAAAGCUAUUCAACACACUCAACAGUUUCCCAGUGUGGCGAAAACUGGACGCAGUUGCCCAACUUCCGGGAGUGAACUUUGACGAUAUCAAGCCGGAUUGCAACAAAAUCAGUGAAUACCAGACGACCACCGAAAUCGAGCGUUUCGUCGAACGCAAAUUAUACAAGAAAAAGUUACCCUCGCCUGGUUUGUUACACUACUGCGCUGGAAAGCAAGACGUCCUUGCUACUAUUUAUGAUCCAGCCUUUCUGCUUCCCAUACUGGGGUAUCUGUUUGCGCCGGAAAGCCACGACUUGCUUGACGUGGCUGGUAAAAAUGGAGCACUCGCGCUACCAUUUGUGUGCCUUGCCAGUGAAGACGAAGAGAUGCGCCUGGCUGCUGCUAGCGUUAUUCUACGAAUUAAGGGGCAUUUGGAAUUGUCGAGGAAAUUCAUCGAUUCUAAAUUCUGGUUGCAUCUUUUCAACGCCGUACAGAACGGUCUAGCCACUCUUAACAGCCGCAAGCGAACCAACGCGGAUAAAUCGAACGCCGAUACAAAGAAGUUCCUAAGUAAACCAGCCUUUCUACCAGCGCUUUUCAUCGGCAAAACGAUCAACAUCAUCCCCGAUGCCCUGAACGAGCUACACCCGACCUUGACGCAAUACUUCCUUCUAAAAGAUACCUUUGAUUUCAAAGCUGUUCCGCACUUCCUGGUUAUGUUCCACAGUUCAGAAGUUAAGCAUAACGAUCAUCGAGUGUUCAUUUUGGAAUCUAUCUACAACGGCAUUAAAACCAAUGACGAUUUCAUGGUUCUCCGCUUUUCGCCUGUAAUUCGUGCUAUCAUGGACUUUUACGAUUCGUCGCUAUCCAAUCGAGAACUGAAUAUUCUCAUCCUCAAUACACUGAACAGUAUCGUAAAAAUCCCAAAAUCUUGCGAAGUAAUGAUUAACUCGAUGGGAUUCCUGACGUGGCUCAGCGAACGGAUCGAAGGAAUCGAGAGCUUCCACUUCGAUACCAUCGAAGCAUUCCUAGGAAUCAUUAGCAAUCUUUGGUACUCCGCUCUGAUCCAACGGAAAGGUUUCAAUCUGAUGCAACUCAGUCGAUCGGUGUUGAUCAUGGUACUGAAGUUCCUGCCAUUACUGUCCACCAGAAGCUCCAGCAAGACGCUGACGAGAUUUUUGAACUUGUUGGAGAAAACCACUCUGGAAAACGAACAAACCCUGGAGCUGGUGAAUGGCGAAGUGCUGGAAUUGAUGAUGGCAUACUUUGAAAAACUGUUCGAGCAACAUUUUUGGUACGUCAAGUACGUAAAAAUGCACGGUAUGGUCGACGACGAAGAUUAUCAGUUACUGGGGGAGAAGCUCCAGAUGCAGGGUGCGGAUCAAAGUACGAUUUACGUCACAUUGACUUUGAGAAGAUUGAUAGUCCGAAAGCAGCGGUUAACAAAAAAGUAAGAAUAUAAAGUAAGGUGAUUUUGUGUAAAAUGUAGAUAUAUUCUUUGUAAGAAGAUGCUUACGAAAAGUUC